GAUGUGGCCGUUCUACGUGGUCAGUCCGCACUGUGUAACGAUUAUGCGAAAUCACCUCCUGUAAACGGGAUUCAACACAGCGGUGUGCAUCGUGUUGAUCCAGCACCGGUCUGUGAUGAUGUACCAGUCGAGAACGAUUCAGUGUGGGAACGGUAUAAGCGUCAAUCACUAUCUGAGGACAAUAAAUGCGAUAAUUUCCACCAACUCUACCAUCACUGUCCACCAAUGGUCAAAAAUUGUGACCCGGACACCGGCAAACCGUAUAAUGAGCGAGCGAUCAAUUAA